CAGUGAGUUGUACACAACGUCCUCUCAUUGUUGCCACUUGUCUACCAGGCUCUCUUUCCUGAGGAGUCUACUGUACAGCUUUGCAACAUUCUUAUCGUUGUCUGCUAUCUGUCAGCAAUGUCUACGUUCGGCCAAUUGCUGCGUGUGACAACGUACGGCGAAAGCCAUUGUCCCAGCGUGGGAUGUAUCAUUGACAACUUUCCCCCCGGUAUUCCCAUAUCGGUGGAGAUUCUCCAGCCACAAGUCUCCCGCCGUCGGCCGGGCCAGAGCUCAAUUUCAACCCCCCGGAACGAAUCUGAUCUUGUGGAAAUUCAAUCCGGCGUUGAAGGCGGAUUGACGCUCGGCACCCCGAUAGCGUUGAGAGUCAAGAAUCUAGACCAGCGUCCUAAGGACUACCAUGGAAACAUGAAGCAGUUUCCCCGGCCGAGUCAUGCCGACUUUACGUAUCUAGAGAAGUACGGUAUCAAAGCUGCGUCAGGCGGUGGCCGUUCGAGUGCGCGAGAAACCGUAGGACGGGUGCUUGCCGGCUCCCUCUGUGAUCACUAUCUAAAACUUACUCACGGGAUCGAAAUCGUUGCAUGGGUUUCGUCCGUCGGAACCAAGCAUCUUUUCACCCCUACGCCAGAAUACCCUUUUGUGUCGAGCAACCCGAAGUUUCUUCGGCUGCUUGAGACCGUCACUCGUGAAGAUGUCGACAAAUCGCCAGUUCGAUGCCCAGACCUCGAAGUCGCUGCCGAGAUGGAGAAGUACAUUGGCGAAUUCCGAGAUCAGCAGGACAGCAUCGGUGGCACGAUCACCUGCGUUAUCCGGAACUGCCCUACUGGACUUGGCGAACCCGCCUUUUCAAAACUGGAGGCCACUCUGGCCCAGGCGAUGCUCAGCAUUCCUGCGACGAAAGGAUUUGAAUUUGGAUCAGGGUUUGAAGGAACGCAGAUCCCAGGCUCGCAACACAAUGACAUGUUUGCGAUGCGGCCGUCUGGUUCGGACUCAAGCAAGCCAAAGCUUACGACGGUGACGAACAAUAGCGGUGGUAUCCAGGGCGGCAUCACGAACGGCAGCCCUAUCUAUUUCCGCGUUGCCUUCAAGUCCCCAGCUACGAUUGGCAAGUCGCAGACGACGGUCACGUACACGGGCGAGGACGGUAUCUUGGAGAACAAGGGCCGCCACGAUCCCUGCGUCGUGAACAGGGCCGUCCCAAUCGUCGAGUCAAUGGCGGCUCUGUGUAUCAUGGACGCGUUACUGAUACAGAAAGCAAGGACGGCGGCUCGCUUCCAUCCGACAGGCUAGGCAAAUCUUCGUUGCUCGACCACCAUUCAGAGAACGGACGGCACGUUUUACUGUGCUUCGUCCUUCCUCUUGUACUUGUAGCAAAAAAAAAGGCAUAGACGAGCGUUCGCGUGGUAGAUGCCGGUGAUCCCACCCUUUUGUGAUGCGACGCUCUCGACGUGAUUUCUUGGAGGUUUGCAGGGCAUCUCUCCCCCUCUUUGCUCGUCCUAGCUUCGUAUGUCAUCACGUUCUGUACUUUGUAUGCCGGGCGAAGGGACACGUCUUCACCUUACAAUGCACACACUAUGACCGGCAACGAGUACUGAUCAUCUCUCCGAUCGGUGUUGAGGGACACCUCGCCAAAGGGUCACGAUCACGCAUGUAGCCUAAAAAUAAGGGACAAACCACGAAAUGGACAUGUCACGCUGAGAAUGUCGUAUUGGAC